GCGAAAUUGUGCUUACCAAAUUGGAAUUUGUGUGACGCAACCAGUCGGAAGACGUUGCCGCCAUGUCAGCAUCUUCGCCAAACGUCUGUCACGCGCUCUCCUUCCAAAUAAGACUCACUCUUUUUCCACCUCUCUCUCACUCUCUCAUUUUCUUCUCACCGGAACACCCAUCGGAAAAUCCCGCCGCCGGCAGAACAUGGCAGAGCCGCCAUUGAAACCCAUCCUCCAGAAGCCUCCGGGGUAUAAACCCCCAAAUCUCGCCGCUCAACCGGUCCCGAGACCGCCGCCCAGGAAAUUACCGAUUCUCCCCUCACCGCGGAAGAACCGACGGAGCUGCUGCCGGAGAUUCUGUUGCUUCCUCUGCUUUUUCGUCCUGUUCCUGAUCGUCGUGAUCGUCGCCGCCGGCGGGGUUUCAUACCUCUGGUUCGACCCCAAACUCCCCGUAUUUCACCUCCAAUCGUUCCGGAUCUCCAAAUUCAACGUCACCGACAAACCGGACGGCUCGUAUUUAGACGCCAAAACAAUCGGUCGGAUCGAGGUCAAGAACCCAAACUCCAAGCUAUCGCUAAAUUACGGCGAUAUCGAGGUCGAAAUCGGCGCCGGCGCCGGAGAAGGCGGUCGUACUGAAUUGGGAUCGACGACGGUCCCGGGGUUCGUUCAAUCGAAGGAGAACACGACGAGUUUGAAAGUGGAAACAGGGGUUAGCAACGAAGUCGUCGACGGCGGAGCCGGGAGGAAGCUGAACUCCGGCAACCGGACCGGAGAGCUGGUGGUGAACGUCGCCGCACGUACGAAAGUCGGAUUUCUGGUAGAUGGCCGGAGAAUACCGCCAGUGAAGAUCGAAGUCACGUGUGGAGGCGUGAACUUGAGAAGUCUCGCGAGAGGAGACUUGCCCAAAUGCUCCAUUCAUCUGCGAAAAUGGUUUCUGUAAUUGAAAUUAAAUCAAUUCAAAUUAAAUUGGUAAUUACAGUGGGAUUAAAACUCUUUAAUUGAAAUUUGUAACACAGAAAACUUUGUGUCCGAUUCGAAAUCCAUAGACAAAAAAUAUAUAUAUGUGUGUGCUUUUGGUCUC